CAUGCCAUAGACGCUGUUAGUGCAGGCGUCAGUCCGAUCGGAGACACAUCUUACAACUCCAGUCACUGGGACCUGGGAAGUGCCUUCUUCUUCGCUGGGACCGUGAUCACAACAAUAGGUAACCCCCACCACCAACCUAUUAACUCAUGACUCACUCCUCUGAUUAACUGAGUAGAAUAAAGCAAUGUCACUGGUCUACUUUGACGUGUAGGCUAUGAGGUAACCUACAGGUGCUGUGUCUCAACGUUACACAACUGUAAUGUAAUGUGUGCUAUUUAUCAUAGCUAGCAGGGAAAUCGAUAAAAGAAAGACUGGAAAAAUAAAGCAUGAUUCACAGGAUGUACUUCAUGCUAAUGUGUGUGUGUGCGUGUUUACUGUUCAAGUCUCACAGCGUGGGGCUCCCGAGUGACGCAGCAGUCUAAGGCACUGUAUCGCAAUGCUAGAGGCGUUACUACAGACCCUGGUACGAUCUGGGGCUGUAUCACAACCGGCCGUGAUCGGGAGUCCCAUACGGCAGCGCACAAUUGGCCCAGCAUCAUCCGGGUUAGGGGAGGGUUUGGCCAGGGAGGCUUUAUUUGGCACAUUGCGCUCUAGCGACUCCUUGUGGCGGGCCGGGCGUCUGCAGGCUGACCUCGGUCAUCAGGUGAACAGUGUUUCCUCCGACACAUUGGUGCGGCUGGCUUCCGGGUUAAGUGGGCGGGUGUUAAGAAGCGAGGUUUGGCGGGUCAUGUUUUGAAGGACACAUGACUAGAUCUUCGCCUCCCCAGCCUGUUGGGGAGUUUCAGCGAUGAGACGAUCGAAAUUGGGGAGAAAAAUAAAAUAAACAAAUUAUAAUAAUAAAGUCUCACAGCGUGUCUUCACAGUACAUCAUUUACUGAUGAUAAUAGCUUUCUAUUGGGAGGUGGGAAGGAACAGUGUCACUAGGGUGUGUUUUUAGCAGAACAUAUGAAUACCAUUUAAUCUGUUUACACAAUUACACUGCUUCUCUCACUGUGGAUAGGGACACACAUCCCACCGUGCUGGUUCAGAUUAAGCUGUGCCCUAGUCAUCCCCGCCCUGUUCAAUCUCUCCAUUCACUGCAAGUUGUAAUUAAUGUCAUGUUUCUCUGAGUCCAACCUGAUUAUUUCCUCUCUUGCUGCUUAUUUACCUCUAACCUCCAACUCCUGGAAUAUAACACAUGCCUUACAUAACAAAACACCACUGUGACAGGUUAUGGGAACAUAGCGCCCAGCACAGAGGGAGGGAAGAUCUUCUGCAUCCUGUACGCCUUAUUUGGCAUCCCGUUGUUUGGGUUCCUCCUGGCUGGCAUCGGAGACCAACUGGGGACCAUAUUUGUCAAGAGCAUCUUGAGGGUGGAGAAGAUAUACAAGGUAAGUUGGAUUUCUUGAGAAUUUGGGAUUGUGUACAUGGGAUGUACUGGAACUGCAUAUGAGCACAUGAUGCUUUAAGAGGUGUUUCAAGUUAACUAUAAGAAACUUUCGAUCAGACUGUUAUGAAUUGAUUUAGACACACCAUGUUUGAUGACUUAUUUGGUGAAGAAAAGGGUAUUUGAAAAUGAGUAUUUGGCGCCUGCUAUGUAACUGAGCAGUAACUAUAAUAGCACCUAUAAUAACAUAAAAUGUUCCAUUGACUCUAAAGAGGCAAUAUGCUUCCCACAGUGAAAACCAAGCAUGUUACCUCCACCCCAUAAUGACCCUAUUCACUGUAAACGGCACGAUGCCUUUGAUACAGUAUCCCUGUAAAGGCUAUAGGUCUGUUGUCCAGGUAUUAGGCCAGGCUCAGUGAAUGGAUUUGAACUAUUGUUCCCCCUCCAAGGAGUCAACACAUGAGUCAGGCUAGCUGAGGCUGAGAUUAUGAUGUGCUCUUUGUAGUGAGGGCAGAGGUGUUUGAUGGAGUGUGGAGGCAGAGAAGGUAGAGGGCCAGGACCUGAUUGAGAUUCUGUGAGCAGGUUGUAUGUAUCAAGUGUCUCAGAGUAGGAGUACUGAUCCCUGUCCAUAUAAUCAUAUUUAUUGUGAUCUAAAAGCUCAAACUGAUCCUAAAUCAGCACUCCUACUCUGAGAUGCUUGAUACAUACGGCCACUGGUCAGACAGGAGAUAAGCACAGAGCUGAGCCCCUCUUCACUACUGAAAGCCCCAGGGGGGUUGAGUUUCUGUGACAAAGGGGGAACUUGGGAAUUAGGCUUUUCCUACUGGAUCAAUGGAGGGUGGUUUUGGAAGCUUUUCCUUUUGGUCUCUGGAGUGGUUUAGCUAAUGGGUAUAUUGAUGCAUAGGGCCAUUGACUAAACUAAUUAUCUUCAAGCCUACUGUGUCUUUCAGCUAGAAAUGUAGUGAUUGUAUUUAGUAAACAGUUUAUCUUUUGAGUUCUUGUUGACUUACCGUUCACCUCUGACCAAUGUCAUUUUUGUCAAGCAAAAACAGAAACAGAUAAGCCAGACCAAAAUCAGAGUCACCUCCACCAUACUCUUCAUCCUGGCCGGGUGCAUAGUCUUCGUCAGCAUCCCGGCGGUCAUUUUCAAACACAUCGAGGGAUGGACGACUCUGGAUGCCAUCUACUUUGUCGUCAUCACGCUAACGACGAUUGGCAUUGGGGACUAUGUGGCAGGUAUGAUAGUGUUGUAACAGGUUUAUGUACUGUGUCUUUAGAUAAACAUUUGUUUAGUCUUCCGUUGCUACUCACCAUUUUCAGCUCUCCUACUCACUUCUCUUCUCUUACAUUUGCAUUCAAUCCACGUAAAGUGAAAUUCGAUUAUCUCUAUGAAAUUAGCUAAUGGAGUCUCCAACAACCCAAGGUGUAAUGUACUUGUGUUUUGUUGUGUCUGCAUUGCAUUGAUAAUCCCUUGAAUAAUGAUGCUAUAAUUGACUGCCGGUAAUUAUAAUUGAGACAAUUUUAUCUAGAGGAAUAUUAGAGCAAGACUAAUCCAAAAUAAUUCAGAACCCAAUUACAAACUGUGUGUUUGUCAAACUGAACCUUUCUGCCUCCCUGGUCCUAUUAAUCUGGCUUUAUUGUUGACAAUAAUUUGGCAGUAGCAGGCAUCUAUGUAUAUACGUAGAUAAUCCAGUAUUUGGCAUCCAAUGUAACAACUCUUCCGCUGUUGUCCCAGGUGGGGAUCGGAAGAUCGAGUACAUGAAGUGGUACAAGCCCCUGGUCUGGUUCUGGAUCCUGGUGGGCCUGGCCUACUUCGCUGCGGUCCUGAGCAUGAUCGGAGACUGGCUCAGAGUGCUUUCCAAAAAGACCAAAGAGGAGGUGGGUACUGCUCAUUCAAUUACAGUGCCUGUCAUUACAUUAUCUAAAGCAGUGGAAACUAAAAGGUCACUCUUUCCCUCCCCCGCCUUCCUUCCAUGUCUGUUUUGUUAUUAUGCCUCGUUGAUGCCCCUGAGACAGACAGACAGACAGACAGACAGACAGACAGACAGACAGACAGACAGACAGACAGACAGACAGACAGACAGACAGACAGACAGACAGACAGCUGUGUAAGAGAAGUGGUUAGAGAUCCAGUCAUUACCCACUGGGCACAGACGUCAGUUCAACGUCUAGUUUUGAUUAACAUUUGGUUGAGUUGUCAACUAACGUGAAUUCAACCAAAAAUUUCACCAUGUCAUUGGAUUUAGGUUAAAAGUUGUGAAAAAAAUAUGAAAUUCCCUUACGUUGAUUUACUUUAUUCAAAUACAAUCAGUUUUCCAUGUUGAUUCAACGUCACAUACAUUUUUUGUUGCUGAAGUGACGUGAAAACAACGUUGAUUCAACCAGUUUUUGCCCGGUGGGCUGAUGAGUGAAUAGUGAGCUUACUGAGCUAUUGAUCUGUACAUACAGUAUGGAUGGAUACUGUGAUUACUUUCUAUGGAAGGAGCCUUGCUUUUGUCUGAGGGGGAAUUUGUAGAAGAUCCAACCAAUUAGAUUUCCAAAGCACCCCCUCCACCCUCCUGCGUCAUGACUCUAUCUCCAUCUUUGUGUGAUUGCAGGUGGGGGAGUUCAAGGUCCACGCCGCUGAGUGGAAGACCAACAUGCGAGCCGAAUUCCGGGAGACGCGUCGGCGGCUGAGUGUGGAGAUCCACGACAAGUUGCAGCGGGCUGCCACCAUCCACAGCAUGGAGCGCAGGCAACUGGGCCUGGAGCAGAGGACCCACUCCCUGGACAUGCUCUCCCCAGAGAAGAGGGCCGUGUUUGCCAGCCUGGACCAGGGCCGUUUCAAGACCUCCUCCCAGGAGAGCAUCGACACCAAGCUGAGUAACUUGAGGUUGAGAGGGGCAGGGGAGCUUUGUUAUGAGCAGCGGAGAGGCAGCGAGCAGACCCAGCAGGCCUCAUCGGAGGACGAUAACCUCUUCAACCUACGCUUCCGCUCCCUCACCAAGCUAACCAAGAGACACAAGAACCGUGACCUGAAGAGUAACAUUCCCGACGAUAUGCGGAGGGCCUGCGAGGCGAUGGAGAGGAGGGAGGAGAACGUGGAGGAGGUGAAGGAGGAGGAAGGGAGCGAGAGGAAAGAGGGCAACACCAGCUUGACAAAUUUGGAAUAUGCAGACGAGCACAUUAAACUAAAUGGUUUUGUACUGGCUCUGGCCAAAGAGAGGGAGGACGAUAGAAUGUUGGAAGGAAGAGAGCUUCAGCCCCAGCUAGAAUGUGCAGAUACAGAGAGAGAGUGA